AUGUCUGAUUUAAAGCACGACGACGUCGAGAAGACCAGUAAUGGGGAGGAACAAGCUUCAACUGGUGAGAAGCACCAGAUUCAGCAUGACUCUCCUGAUGCGAAGCGCACUAAGAAAGAGGAUGGCCAGACGACUCUUGAUGAUGUGGUGGUCAUAUCGGAUGAUUCAAAGGACAAUGACGGCGCUGCGGAAAAGGAAGAGGACGAGUCCAAGUCCGAUGAGAAGCAGGAAACCAAUGGCAAAGGCUCCAAGUCUGAGGACAAGCAGGAGACUCAUGGCAAAGACGCCGUUCAGCCUUCUGAAGAACUUGAUGUCCCUUCAAGCAUCCUCGAAAAGGGCAUCAUCUACUUCUUCAUCCGCGGUCGUGUCAAUCUCGAAGACCCCAAGAGCGUUGAUGACAUAGCCCGUUCCUUCAUCAUGCUCCGUCCCAUCGCAAAAGACGCCCGUCUCGGUGACGGUCCCAUCGCUGACUCUGGAAACACCCGCAUCCUCGCCCUUCCCAAGAAGACUCUUCCUGAGAGUGGCAAAGAGCGCUACAUGGUGUUCGUAGAAAAGUCUGGCGCUUCAUAUGAUGAGAUCAAGAAGGAGUUCUUGUCUGCAGACGAGUACGAAACCAAGACAGCUGGUACACGGCGUACACCCCCGGCCAAGCCUGUUGGCGAGGGCGUGUAUGCUAUCACAUCGACUGGCCGCGAGAGUCAUUUGGCUUAUUUGACGACGCUGCCUGAGAAGCUUGAGGAGGUUCAGAAGGAAUUGGGAUUGAAGGAGAAGGGAAGCUUCAUCAUCAGCACCAAGAACCCGCAGUAUCCUGGACCUCAGAAUGCUCAGUUGCCUAAGGGACCUGACUUCCCCAAGGAAAUCAUCGAUGAGUUCCGCUCUCUUCGCUGGCUUCCCUCCAAGCCAUCUCACUUUGACUACCCUAACGCCCAGAUCCUUCUCAUUGGUGAAUCAUCUGGUAUUGAGAAGGCUGUUGAGCUUCAGAAGAAGGAUCAGAAGGACGGAAAGGAGGAGCCCGAGACGGUGCUUGAGAAUCUCGAGGAUGAUGAUGUGAAGCGCAUGAAGCAUCUUGCUGAUGAUCAGUCUGCAGCUAUCUAUGCGGACUUGCAUGUGCAGGCUAAGGAUUAUCCGAAGAUGCAGACAACCUUCUGA